UAACGCGUGUUAUUCAAACAUUCGGUUGAUAUUUAUAUUAUUUGUAAUUUGUCUGUCAUUAGUCAUUGAUUAAAUUUACAAAUAGAGCUCGUGAUUAUUAAAUAUUUCAUUAUAUAUUGAAAAAAUGGAUUUAAUUCACGAUUUCAUUGAACCACCGACGCCUUUUCCAUAUCGAUACAGAAAAUGUAUGUUCUGUAAAAAAUCAAACAUCUUCAAGGCAGUAUACAAAUGUAAGGACUGCCGAAAAGUUUGCCAUCGCAAUUGUUAUAAGGCAUUUCUAGAAAUGAAGUUAAAACGUGAAGAAGAAUUAGAACUCAUGAAACCAACUAUCGAAAUAAUUAGCAAUAAUGAAAUCGUUAAGAAGACGACGCACCAAUGUGACAUAGAAUCGAACAUUACUAACCAUGGUUUAACUGAUGAACUACCUAGUACAACAUCUCUCAAAUGCACUGACAUUAAAUCGAACAUUAAUGAUCAUCGUUCAAUUGUAUUAAAUGAACUGUCCAGUACAACAUCUUUGAACGUGAAUAUUUUGAAUGGUCGUAGAAUAGUUGAUAUAGGUCAUAUUUUCAACGAAAUUCAAAAUAUUCGUCAUAGUGGUGGACUUGGAUGUUCAUUUUCAGAUAUGAUUUUUAAAAGAGAAGAAAUAAAUGGAUACUUCUCAAUAUUCUAUUUUCAUUGUAAAAUGUGCGGUAUCGAAAAACAAAUAUCUUCUGAAAAUACUAAGAACAUUGAAUGCAUUCCAAUAAAUAAAGCAGUAGUAAAUUCUACAAAAGCUAUAGGUAUUGGAUAUGCACAACUGUCUGAACUUUCGACUUGUAUCGAUAUACCUUCAAUGUCAUCCAAUACAUAUCAGUCAUUAUUAUCACCUGUCGGCGAAGUAGUGCAUGAUUUAGCGAAGGAUGAAAUAAAAGAGCUGGUGGAAGGUAUAUUGAGUGAAAUCGUUGCACCAAAAAGCGUGCAUGAAAUAGAAGAAAAUAAAGGAGAUGAAUUGCAAAAUUCAGAAAAACAACAACAUAAGUCAUUUCUGCAGACGUACCAAGAUCCAAAUACCAGCUUAGCUGUUAACAUAUUGCAGGAUGUACAACAAAUCGAAUCAAAUAGAGUAGCUCUGGGCGAAGAAAAUUUCACCUUAGAAGAAAACAAAGAUAUUUCGGCAGUAAACGAGGAUACUAAACACGAAACAGGACUCGGUGUACAACAAAUCGAAUCAAAUGAAGUAGCUCUGAGUGAAGAAAAUUCCGCCUUAGAAGAAAACAAAGAUACUUCGGCAGUAAACGAGGAUAUUAAACACGAAACAGUCAUCGAUAUUGAUGCAAAUGAACUGGAAAAUAUUUUGGACGAACGGAGUCAAAAAAAGAGUUUCUGGAGAUGGCUAAUUCCGUUCUGGGGAAGAAAUCAAGUCAAAACAAAAUCAAAUUCAAUCAAGAGCAACGAGUAUUUAAUGCUCAAUUAUUAAAUAUUUAAUGCUCAAUUUUUAAAUAUUUAAUGCAUAACCUCCAAAGUGCAGGUGUGGUCAGUGAGAAGAGAUUCGAGAGUCACCUAAUAUAUUAAUAAAUAUGGAAGAGCCUAAGUGAAAAAGAACAUCAUAUUAUAUACAUUUAUAACAAAUAAGAAAAUAAUUAAAAAUUAAAAAUUAAAAUAAAAUACAUAUUAAAUAUUAUACCAAGAA